CAGGGCCCGCGAGACCGGCACCAUCAACACGUGGAACACCGAGAAGCAGUUCGGCUUCGUGUCCUGCUCCUCGAAGAACCGGGCCGACCUCUUCCUCCACGCGGAGUAUUUUGAGAACCUGGACCAGCGCAACCGGGCGAAGACGCGGGGCCUGCGCCGGGGCGACAGGAUCGCGUUCGACAUCCAGGAGGCCGGGGGCGGCAAGCGGAGCGCCGAAGCCGUCAACGCCGAGAUGCUCGACGUGUCCAAGCUGUCGCCCUCGCGCAGCCCUAGCGGCCGCCGCGGGGAUGCCAAGCCCAGGC